GACUCUGGGAACAUGAUUUCAAAUAACAACUCCAGUUGUUCACAACAAACUAAGUUUAAUCUUGUUCAAGUGAAGGGAACAUGGAUUCGACAAAGUGACCAGUUUCAGCUGGCAGAGGGAAAGUUAUCAGAUGCUAAAAUCUAUGAGAACAAGUCAGAACAUGGGGUUUCCUGGACAGUGGUCAGCCCUGUUGUGUUCACCUACAGAGUUAUUCAGUGCAAAAACAUACUGGAUCCCACGAAUGACACACUGCUCUGGGGUCACUUAGGAGAAGAGGAACUUAAACACACCUUAAGUAACUGCAAACCACUGAAGCGAUUUGUUGUCAUUGAUGAAAAUGUCAAUAAGCUGUAUGGCUCCCAGGUUUCUCAGUACUUUAAAGCCAGAGGGGUCGUUUACAAGAUUCUCCCUCUGCCCACCACUGAAGAGAACAAGUGUAUGGAGUUAGUGACCAAGAUCCUGGAGGAAGUUCAUGAGUUUGGUAUCGACAGACGCUCCGAGCCAAUCGUAGCCAUCGGCGGUGGAGUUUGUCUGGAUGUGGUGGGCUUGGCGGCAUCUCUCUAUCGCCGAAGGACCCCAUAUAUUCGAGUGCCGACCACUCUACUUUCUUAUAUUGACGCAAGUGUAGGGGCAAAAACAGGAGUCAACUUUGCCGGCGGGAAGAACAAGCUGGGAAGUUAUGUCCCACCAGUGGCAGCCUUCUUAGACUGCUCAUUCUUCCAAACUCUCCCACCACGUCAGAUCUCUAAUGGGAUGGCAGAGAUGUUAAAGAUGGCUCUAAUGAAGCACCGGGGCCUGUUUGAGUUGAUGGAGACUGAGGGCAGGAAACUGCUGCAUACCAAGCUUCAGGUUUGCAAGACCAGUCCUGAACAGGAAGACAGCGCUACAGCCACCAUCCGCAUUGCUAUAGAAACCAUGCUUGAGGAAUUGGCUCCUAACUUGUGGGAGGAUGAUCUGGACAGGCUGGUGGAUUUUGGUCACCUCAUCAGCCCAGAGUUAGAAAUGAGAAUAUUGCCAGCACUGCUUCACGGAGAGGCAGUCAACAUCGAUAUGUCCUUCAUGGUAUAUGUGGCCGUUCAAAAGGGACUUCUCACAGUAGAUGAGAAGAAUCGUAUUAUCCAAUGCAUGCUGAGUCUGGAGCUUCCUGUGUGGCACCGGGACUGCACUCUGGAGCUGGUGCAGAAAUCCCUUAAGGAGCGUCUGAAGCACUCUGCUGGCUCUCUGAGGAUGCCUCUUCCCACAGGAUUGGGAACUGCAGAAAUCUUUCAUGGUAUGAUUGUUGAUGGAAUUCUUUGCCAAGCCCACAAGAAAUGGACUGAUGAGCUUUCUUCAUCAGGAGACAAAUGAAUUUUACAUGACAAUAUGGACAAUAUAGACAUGAUAUAGAUACACAACUGCUGCUGAUUUCUCAAUUGCAUGUCCACCACAUCCCCAAAGGAGGGUUACAGGACUGAGAUCUUGUGAUUGUGGAGGCCACUGAGUACAGUGAACUCAUUGCCAUGUUAAAGAAACCAGUUUGAGCUGAUUUAAGCUUGGUCACAUGGUGCUUUAUCUUACUUGAGGCACACAUCAAAAGAUCCUAAAGGGAUGGUCAUGGUCAGAAACAAUACUUAGGUAGACUGUAGUAUUUAAACAAUGCUCAGUUGGUACUAAGAGACUCAACGUGUGCCAAGAAAAUAUCCCCCACAUCAUAACACCAGCCUGAACUGUUGAUACAAGGAAGGGUGGAUCCAUGCUUUUAUGUUUUGUACACCAAAUUGUGACCCUACCAUCCGAGUGUCACGGCUAAACACAAGAUUAGAUCGGGGAAUGUUUUUCUAUUUUUCUAUUAUGUAACUUUGGUAAGUCUGUCUGUAUUGUAGCUGCAGUUUCCCGCUUUUA